GUAAAACAACACUGUGCCACUUUAGGAUAUCUUCAUUUUCACCAAUAUUACUCAAGAUACUCGACCGGUUUAAGAGUGGCUCUCGUUUAAUAAGUUCCAAUUUGAUCGUUUGGUGCGACGGCGACGUCUGUUCUGGUUCAGCAUUACGGGGGCGGUAAUUUACGAGGGCGUGUCAAAUAAUUGUUUUAGAAGAACUAGAGAUAAUUGAGAUUUCAUCGUACAUUAAAAAACAUUCCUGUCAUGUGCAACGCCAGUUGUGAUCUCGAUGCAAAAAUCGCCGAAUGGUUGAAGUGGGACAAAAAUGAAAAUACUCUAUCCGCCUUGAGGGACUUAGUGUCCCAAAAGAAAACAGAUGAGUUAUCACGGAUUCUUCUGAAAAGGAUAUCUUUCGGCACAGCGGGAUUGAGAGGAAGAAUGUCCGUCGGAUAUGCUUGCAUGAAUGAUUUAGUGAUUAUUCAAACUGGACAAGGUUUAUUGAAAUACUUGGAGAAAUCUGAUGGCGAACUGUUGAAACAAAAUGGAAUUGUCAUCGGGUAUGAUGGGAGGCAUAACAGUAAAAGGUGGGCAGAACUGACAGCAUCAAUUUUCCUUCAUGCUGGUCAUCCCGUGAAACUCUUCAGCGAAGUGGUUCCCACACCGUUCAUUCCAUUCUCUGUCAGAAAAUACAAAUGUGCCAGUGGUAUUAUGAUAACAGCAUCUCACAAUCCAAAAGAGGAUAACGGUUACAAGGCAUAUGGACCCAAUGGUGCGCAAAUAGUUUCUCCUGUAGACGAAUAUGUUCAGCAAUCAAUUUUGCUGAACCUGGAACCUCUAGAUUCUUCCUGGGAUACAUCUAUAUUAUCCUCAAGAGAUUCACAACUUGAUGAUCCUCUGAAUGAUAUAGUGCAGAGUUAUCUAGCGAUUAUAAGGAAUACUAUUCUUCCUGAACACAAAACAUUGAACAAAAACGUUGGUUUGUUAUUCACUUACACAGCUAUGCACGGUGUAGGCUACAGAUACAUCAAAAAAGUUUUUGAAGAGACAGAAAUUAAGUUUGUUCCAGUGUUGGAACAGAAAGAUCCUCACCCAGACUUCCCAACAGUAAAAUUCCCUAAUCCAGAAGAAGGGAAAAGCAGUCUGGAUUUGUCCUUCAAAACAGCAAAUCAAAAUAACAGUUUUGUGAUAAUAGCCAAUGAUCCAGAUGCAGACAGGUUAGCAGUUGCAGAAAAAAAUCGACAAACUGGCGAAUGGAAGGUUUUCACCGGUAAUGAAUUAGGAGCUCUUUUUGGUUGGUGGAUGUUGUUCUGUUUCAAAAAGAGGUUUCCAAAUGAACCCUUGAAUAACGUCUACAUGAUUUCGAGUACGGUUAGUUCAAUGAUAUUGAAAACCAUGUCAAAAGCAGAAGGAUUCCAAUUUAUAGAUACUUUGACAGGCUUCAAAUGGAUAGGUAACAAGGCGUUGGACUUGGAACGUGAAGGAAAGACGGUUAUUUUCUGUUUUGAAGAAGCCAUUGGUUUUAUGUGUUCUACCGAAGUCGUAGAUAAAGAUGGAGUAUCGGCUGCUUUUCAGUUGACUACUAUGGCUUCCUAUCUUUAUAACGAAAAUAAAACCCUCGCAGAAAAACUUGAUGAGAUUUAUUUGAUUUAUGGACAACAUGUAUCAAGUAAUUCGUAUUUCAUUUGCCAUGAUCCGGUCAUCAUUAAGAAAAUUUUUCACAGAAUACGAAAUUUCAGAGGAGAGAAUACGUAUCCUCAGGGAAUAUUGAAUGAUAAAUAUAAAGUCACUUCUGUGAGAGACUUGACAACUGGUUUUGAUAGCAACCAACCCGACAACAGAGCCAUAUUACCAGUUUCAACUGACACCCAAAUGAUAACUUUCAAUUUCUCGAAUGGAUUGGUUUGUACUCUAAGAACUAGUGGCACAGAACCGAAAAUCAAGUAUUAUACGGAAUUGUGUGCCAGCCCUGAUAUUAAGAAUAAAACAGUUAUUCAGAAUACAUUAGAAGAAAUGGUGGAGGCAAUAUGCGAAGAGUUCCUGCAGCCAAAAGAGAAUAACCUCAUUGCUAAAACUGAUUAAUCACACUUCAUCAAAUCACAAGUUGAUUUAUCACUGUUUAUCAAUACUCUUAAGUUUUUUUUUUUCAGAAAUUGUCAUUCAAGUUGUAUUUCAGACCAAUAUACUUUUAAUGAUA